AUGGGUGAAAAGCGGAAACUCCCUCCUCGCGGUGGGGAGUCCGCCGCCGCAAAGAGGAGGGUCUCGGAGGCGGCUCCUAAGCGGGAUACAACCCCAUCCAAGAGGAAGGCUUCUGCUUCUCCUACCGUCCCUCAAUCGCCGGAGCCAGAGAAGAAGACUCUUCCCACAAAGAUUAGUGAUGGAAGCCCGCUGCCCACGCUUUCCAAGCCCCAACCAAGCUGUCCUUCAUUACGGGAAUAUCAGUCCUACGCGGAGAGUGCUGUGCUGGCUGCUGCGCUUCAACGAUCAAGAGUGAAAUGGCUCAAUGACUGCAUUUUUGAGAAGUACUGGACCAAACCCUCCAAGAAGAAAUUGCAGCCCCAACUGGCACAGAACCCUCCACGAGAGUCCAUGAGUAAACUAGGACCUUGUAGCAUCGUCAUCGAACCUCACCAUUUUGAAGCUAUGCUCUAUACCGUACGAAAUCCACAAGGCCAAGCGCCGAUUCAAUAUGCACCUCAACAACGACCCAUUGUUCAAUAUGCGCCGCCAAACAACUUCCAUCAAUACCAACCCUAUCCUUCCCCAGUCCAGUCACGUCAGCCUUAUUCUCCGAAUUCUCAUACUCCUCCAGCUUCUACCCCUCCUGCCCAACGGCCACCCCCACAGCCCCCACAGAAUCAGUUUGAACAACCGAUUCAAAAUACCCCUCCCGCUCCCGCUCAAGCAUCAACUCCACAUGCACGACCUGAAGGACCAACAUCCCAUUCGCAAAGCCGCCAGACACAAAGUCAACCCUCUCAAGCCCGCCCUUCCCAGGUAACUCCGAUGCAAGACCACCCCUAUAGACCGCCACCGGAGUCCCCACAGCCCGUCAAAACCAGUCCAGAUCCUGUCAUUCAGAUGUUAGCAACUCGCGCUGCUUCUAACCCAGAGUUGAAGGCGUUAAUGCGGGUUGUGGCAUCGAGCAAGGCGAGCCAGGCGCAAUUACGGACAUUCCAGGCUCACAUUGACGAGUUGAAUGCGAUUCUUGCUAGCAGAAAACAAGCUGAGGCUCAUCAUAACCCUCUUCAUAUAGAACCCCAGCAGCAGGGACAAUCUCUCGCAUCAGGCCCACCAGCGCAAAACCCAGCUCCUCCACCAUCACAUCAGUCUCACUCGGUUCAUUCAAAGCAACCAAGCGUUCCCAACCCCCCCCCACCUGCUCGCGCUUCUUCGUCCUCAUAUACUACAUACGGACAUCAGCCACCUGCACAACCGAUCCGAUCUAAAAAUACCCAACAACACCCGCCGCAGAAUACCCACUUUCACCAACAUUCAUCAUCUCAACCUCCCCAGAAAGUAGAUCCAAAGGCAGUUGUAUUUGAGUUUCUGGCACCAACUCCAGCCGGUAAUCAUUCUAGUCAUUCAACGACUGGGGAUAGAUAUCUCUUCCCCGCAAAUACCAUCCUUGACUAUUUCCCCGGCGGCACAACCGUCAUCGCAUCAUUUCUUGUUAUAAAGAAGAUUGAUCCUUCUGCUCCCCCGCCCAAUUCGUCGAAUAGUGCUGCUGGAGGGAAAGGAAAAUCCAAAAAGUCCAAGCUGGCUUCGGCAACCGAAACUCCAGCCCCCACGGAUACAUCAAUCAAUAAUAACACCCCUGUGCCGCAUCAAGGAACUCCCAAUCCAGAAACCCAACUUCCUCAACCUGAUAAACACAUUGCCGCUAAGCCCGAAGCACAAACGACAACAACAACAUCAACAACAGAAGGAAAGCCUCCCCCAAAACCUAAAAUAAAGGAAUAUUACCAACCCGUAACCAUGCGUCUACGCGCCAACAAUCCACGCACUCUCGAACCCUUGGCUCGCGUUGUCAACCCGCCUGCCGAAGUCCGUCAAUACAUGAACGAUAUAAUGGACCGCAUGGAGCGAGCUGAUAUCGAAUAUCUCGCCCUGCGCUUGCCGCACGAAGGUUCCACUCAAAAUGGUUCUGGUAAUGAACCAGCGCAGCUCAUAGGAGACCAGCAAGCAUGUGGUGUUGGGAGCAAAAGCAAGGGCCGUGGGGACAGCGGGCCGGAAAAUGGCGUGGCUGUCAAACAGGAGGAUGGUGGUAAUAUUUUACCUAAUCAAGGGGAUGAUGUUGAGGCUGUGGAGGUUGAAGAGAAACUGAAGGAGUUUUAUGAUAUGCCUAGUGGGAUUGUGCCGUUCCGGUGA